UUAGUAUUUCCUACGAUUAUCAUCAACUUAAACAUAAUAGUAAAAACCGGUUUUCUUUGCCCCUCCUACCUUUGGUCACGUGACUCUGUGGGGGUCGAUUUUGUUUGGACACUGACAGCUGUCAAUCACACGCAUGGCACAUGGCAAAAAAACAAACGACUCUGUGGGCUCUAGGGGCGGUGGUGGACUGAACAUCUAGUAUUUGAAAACAUAUGUCCACGCACGACGGAAUAUGGAAUGAUUAAUCCAGCCAGACCCCAACGUGAAAUCGGACUUGUGAAGAACCGCAUCGGUGUUCCCGCUGAGCGUGGGCGUGGCCGCCGGUUACCGUGCGAGUAACCAGUUUCGGCAUCCGGAAGAAGAAGAAGCGUCACCGCCCGCUCAGCUCAGCUCACCCAGGAGGAAGACGCGCAGCUGUCAUGGCUUCCCUCAGUAACUCGGGGGCCACGGCCAGCCCUGCCGUGAACCUGGCGCCCAAAACCAAGACGAAAAAGAAGCAUUUUGUUCAGCAGAAAGUGAAGGUGUUUCGCGCAAGCGACCCCGUCCUGAGCGUGUUCAUGUGGGGCGUCAAUCACUCGAUCAAUGAUCUCAGCCAGGUGCCUGUCCCCGUCAUGCUGCUGCCCGAUGACUUCAAAGCCAACACUAAGAUCAAAGUCAACAACCAUCUUUUUAACAAAGAAAACCUCCCUGGACAUUUCAAGUUCAAGGAAUAUUGUCCACAGGUCUUUCGAAAUUUAAGGGAACGGUUUGGCAUUGAGGAUCUUGAUUACCAGGUAUCGAUGACCCGAAGCUCACCUACAAGAUGCUCUGAUGAUCAGGGCGAAGGUCUGCUCCUCAAUUCCUACGACCGCACGCUGGUUAUCAAGCAAAUCUCCAGUGAGGAUGUAGCCGACAUGCACAACAUCCUGUCAGAAUAUCACCAGCACAUAGUGAAGUGUCAUGGGAACACCCUGCUGCCACAGUUCCUGGGCAUGUACCGCGUGAGCGUGGACAGCGAGGAGACCUACCUGAUCGUCAUGAGGAACAUGUUCAGCCACAGGCUGGUCGUACACAGGAAGUACGACCUGAAGGGUUCCCUGGUGGACCGUGAAGCCAGUGACAAAGAACGGGAAAAAGAGCUCCCUACCUUUAAGGACAAGGACUUCAGAAACAACAUGCAGAAGGUGUUCGUAACUGAGGAGGAGAAAGAGAAGUUCAUGGAGAAACUCAACAGGGAUGUGGAGUUCUUGGUGAAGCUGAAGAUCAUGGACUACAGCUUGCUGCUUGGUAUCCAUGACGUUGGCCGCGCCGAGCGGGAGGAGGAGGAGGUCGAGGAGGCGCCUCAGGAGGAAGACCCCGACGCCGAGAACGGCCUGGCUCCCGGUGCUGCUGCGGGCUCCUUCGGCACUUCUCCUGAAGGAAUCGCUGGUUACAUGUCCUCGUACAAGCCUCUGGGGGCCGGAGAGUUUGACCCCUACGUGGACGUAUACGCCAUGAAGAGCUGUUCAGGGGCCCCUCAGAGGGAGGUCUACUUCAUGGGCCUUAUCGAUGUCCUCACGCAGUACGACACCAAGAAGAAAGCUGCCCACGCCGCCAAAACCGUCAAACACGGGGCCGGAGCUGAGAUCUCCACGGUCCACCCGGAGCAGUACGCCAAGCGCUUCCGCGACUUCAUCUCAAACAUUUUUGCGUAACACUCCAGCGGAGACCGAGGGCCGACUCUCUCCGUGGUCUGAGGCGACCUAAGCUGUAGCAAUCUAAUUUAAUACUUCUGAUGCAUAUUUAUUAUUAAGAUGUAUUUGUAGGAGCAAUUCAGGAGUGACUGGAAACAAACUGCUGCUGAUCAGUGUUGAGAGGCUUCGCAUUAGCAGAGCGGACGUCGGAUGGUGGAGGUUUAGCUCUGUCCACAAAAGAGCAGGCCAGCCUGUCCGAACGCGUGUGCAGACCUGCAAACGCAGCAAUCAGGCCAGCUAUACUGCCUUACUUUAGUCUCUCCUUAAAGUUAUUUUUGUAACUUUUUCAACAACAAAUGUAGCCGAAGAUGAAACACUCCUGCAAUAAAGUAUGAAAGAUUUGGGGGGGGAAAAGGUUCACAUCUAAAAACACUAGGAUGGCUUUUCAGAAUAAAAGCCCUCAAGCUUUUCCUUUCUUUUUAUUUUUUAUCUUGAAGUGGACAGAGCUAAAUUAUAAAAUAACUGCUAACGAUGCUAGCAGGCAGCACAUUUUUUCCUUAAAGCUUCAGCUCACUUCUAGAAAUGGUAGGUAUUUUCUAGUUUUAGCGUAGCGGCAGGCCAUCAGGAUCUGUUAGAGUGCCAAACGGGUGAGACAGAAGCUUUACCAGAGCAGAAUUUGCACUUUGCUUGCAGUUGAUUAGGCUUUGUGACUCCCAAAUCAGUUUUUACAGACAAAACACAGUUUUCUAGAUAUUGCUUUGUACAUUUUUUUUUUGACCAUUGAACUGAUUUUAAAAACUUUGAACAUGUCUUCCAGCCUAGAAUAAUUCUACCUGUAGAAGCGAGUGGUGGUGGGGGGGGUUUGCUCCCGCGUUACUGAAGGAAGCCGGUCCAAAAGACGGGGCGAGUUCUGUCCCUUUGAUAAUCACGAUGGUUCCUAAAGAAGAGCCUAUCUAUUAAGGCUUUAAACUGUGUGGGGAUUCAGUGUUAAAGUGGCAAAUGUCUGUUAUCGGAUUAUUGAUGAAGGUUUCAGAUUUCUGUGCUAAAGCGUGUUGAUAGCAUCACUACAUAGCAGCAGCUCGACCAGUGAGGUCCUUCAUCAUUCCUUAACAGAGGCGGCAGACUCCAGAGGAUCUCUACAUGCUUUAUUUUUGCAAAUAUUUUUUUUUUCUUUUUUGGACCAAAACCUAUUCUAAGAUUUUUCUGGAAAACUCUUAACGAGUAACAACACUGCCACAGAGUUAAAACACAGCCAACUUCUCUGAACUUUUGAAAUCGCCUAUUUUCCGCCUUGACCUCUGCUUAAGUUUGACACUGUUGUCUUUUAAAGAAUACCUCAGCUCUCCUGUGAACACUGUCUUUUCUCUCAGAUCUUUCUGCUGCCUGAAGGAUGGUGACUUUUCCCCGAUCUUUUCUGGGUUACAAUUUUAUUUUUUUUUCUUGUGUGAAAUAAAAACUUUCCUGAAUAA